ACACAACCGCAGUGUAAUGGAACAAAUGAUAUAACCACAUGGUCACAUGUCGCCGUUUCAAACACGUUUUCCCAGUUGAUAAGCUCCUACUCUCCAAGACGGAAGUAUUGCUCUAACAGUUUUGGAUCACAUUGAAAACGAGGACACAACGCAAUACCAGGUCCUCUCAGAGAAUUAAUUAGUUGGGCUGAAAACUAUGGCGUUUGCUGUGAAGAGUCUGAUAAUAACUCAUGAUCCGGUGAAGGAAAGCAAUACGUUUGCCAACGACGACAACAUCUCCGGGCGAAUCACGCUGGAGGUGUCGAAGGAAACCCGGGUCGAGUCUUUCUUUAUAAAAGCCAAAGGGAAAGCGUCUGUCUUGUGGUCUGAGCGUUAUAGCAGUACAAUGAUUUAUCACGAUAAAGAAACAUGCUUUAAGUCAGUUCAGUACUUCAUUCAACAGAAGAAAACUCCAGUGCAAGAUGAUUACCCGCUGUUAACAGAUGAGAUCGGGCAGUCUUACUCAAAAAUUGUUACACCAGGAAUCCAUGUCUAUCCUUUCACCUUUCAGCAUCCUCAUGAGGUCAUGCCUGCAUCCUUCACAGGCUACCAUGGAAAAGUUGUUUACUUUUUGGAAGCUAAGUUAUGCAGAUCAAUGCACAUACCAAGCAAAGCCAAAAUAGAUUUCAGUUAUAUUCCCCAGGGAGACAUGUCUAUACCUGACUUAAUGAUACCUCAGUAUGGAAAUAGAGAGAAGAAGAAGAAAUUCUUUGAUUCUAGGUGCAUUACAAUGAACAUUUGCACAGAGAAGAUGGGUUACUGUUUAGGGGAGGAACUGAAGGUGAGGAUAGAUGUCGAGAACAAUUCAUCUCGUACAGUGAAGCCUAAGUUCUGCUUGUACCAGAAACAGAGCUUCUUUGCCAUGAAAAGAAGAAAAGUCCGCAAUAAAAUUCUCCUGAAAGAGGAAGGCGACCCCAUUGGACCAUCUACCAAGCAGAGCAUGACCAAGGUGUUGAACAUCCCAAAAGAUAUCAGUGUUUCCAUCCUCAGCUGCAAGGUUCUCAAAGUGGAGUACAGGCUUAAGGUGUCUCUGGAUGUGAAAUUUGCUUCUGAUCCAGAAAUCAAACUGCCGGUGGUGCUGUUUUCUCCUCCCUCCCUGACCCAGAAAGCUGACGGUAUAGCACCCACAAGCAUGCACGUUGGAUUUGAAUCAUGGACCAGCAGCCCAGCAGCAUGGAACAGCGCUGCUUGCUUUGGCUCUGCUGCUUCUGAUACCGUGGAUGGAAUUUACCCAUCGAUGUAUGAAUGGAGUGAAAAACCAGGAGGAAGUUUUCCAGUGACACAUAGCAAUCUUCAAACCACACUCUAAAAAGCCUUGUGAUGGUUCAAACAUUUAACGAAUUACUUCAUUUUUGCUUGUACUGUUGAUUAUCUAUGAAUGUAGCAUUUUGUGGGAAGUAAAUAAAAUAUUUUGUAAACUUUAGGUUCUUAAAAAAAACAAAAAAACAGCAAUAGACUGCUAAAGCUUGUUUGAAGGAACACUGUUAUUUUUAUUAUCUCAUGAAUCUAUAUCCUAUUUCAAUAUACGGGAUCAAGUAUUUACAUUUUAAAAUGUUAUUAAAUAUUUACAAGGAUAAUUUAUUGUAUUGUAAUACUGAAAGAGCUUUACAUUGUGUAUAGGUGCAGUGGUUAAACAGCCUUUUCACUGAUUUCAUUAUGGUGAUAUUUAUACUGAUAUACAUAGAUCUAUUUUUAUUUACAGCUUUAUAUGUAAAGAAGGUUGACAUUACACUUUGGGGAUUACUUUUUGUUCUGAAACUUACUGCAGUAUCCAUGAUUGCUGUUAAAAUCUGAAAAGUCAUUCUUGAAAUAAUGGAAUAAACUGGGUCAUGGGUAUUUUUUUGUAAAUCUUUCCUGGACUGCUGCUAUUCUCUUGUGCCAUUCCAAUUUCCCUGAUGAUUUUUACGUCUGGCAAAUAUCGAAAACAUUAUGUUUGGAUUAAGUGAUGUGUUCCAGUCAGUGUGUGCAUGACGAUCACUGAGCCAAGAGAAAUGAACUCCCGCUGUGCUGUUUCCCUCUUAUUUAUUUUGAUGCGGGAUCCUUACCGUCACCCAUUUCAUACCCUAUACAUUGCCUGCCUUUUACACCAUUUUUUUGGUCUCUAUAACAUUUAUUUGUUUAUAUCUCUGUCUUUCUCGAUCUUUGUUUAAUCUCUUGGUUGUUUUUACACUCGAUAACAAGGGUUAAUUGUAUUUUCUGCACUCCACUAAACGUUUCUGUCUCAACGUAUUCGUACCACUUACAAGUUCAUUAAAAUGCAACCUGAAGUUUUAAA